UCCCUGCUAGGAUCUACUAGUAUCUAUUAUAUAUAUCUGCAGUACCUUGUUUACCUAAGAUUUAAUUCCUGUAUUCUUAGCCUGGCAAAGCUUUCACUGCUCUGGACAGUUAUUUUCCUUAUAUAUAUUAUUAAUAUUAUUAUUACUAAUAUAACAGGGCUACAGAACUUACAGCAGUAUAUCACAUGUGCUGUUUAUCUAUCUUUAAUUAAUUUAUGCCUGCUAUUUUUGUCCAGUGGCCGCGAGUUCGGCAUAUAUUUACUAGGUAUAUCACAAGAGACCUAUAGCAUAGUUCACUGUAUCACAGGAUUUAUAGCUGGCAUCUAA